UUAAGACACAGAUAUUCAACGAAAUUAAUCUCACGUUAUCGAUUAAUAUCUCUACGCCAUUGUUUAAGUUUUGGCAAUGGAUCCAAAAUAUCCUGAAGCAUUAGCUCCUCCAUCUGAAAAGGAGCUUCCUGAAGGGCAGUGGUCCACUGGCCUAUAUGACUGUUGCGACGAUCCUUCCCACUGUUUGCUCACCUGCUUCUGUCCAUGCAUCACCUUCGGUCAGAUAGCUGAGAUUAUCGAUAGAGGGAGUUUAUCAUGUAAAAUUCAGGGGCUGGUGUAUUAUGCAAUGGGUCGCAUUGGUUGCGGAUGGCUAUACGGUGGCACGUAUCGGUCAAAAUUGCGUGGACAGUUCUCACUUCCAGAAGCUCCCUGUUUUGACUGGCUGCUUCAUUGCUUCUGCUGCGUUUGUGCCCUAACUCAAGAGUACAGAGAACUUAAAAAUCGUGGAGUCAAUCCCUCCAUUGGUUGGAAAGCGAAUGUUGAGAAGUGGAAUCUUGAGGGACUUAAACCCCCAUCUGUUGAAAAGGGCAUGAAUCGUUAGCGUCUGCCGCCGUUGCUGCUACCAUAUCCAUGCACCACACUUGAGAUUGUUAUCGUUAAUGUUGUUGUUGAAUGUUGAUGAUAUGACCGUUGUUUUAGUAAAAAUAUUUGUUGUAUUCGUUUUUUAUUUCAAAUAAAUUAGAGAAAACUUGGUUUGUCUGUUGUAAUCAAAUUCAAGUUGAGUGAUUAUAGAAAUUGUAGUAAGAGGAAGUCUCCACGUGUCAGUGGAUGGUUAAUCUGUCUUUGACAUUUCCAAAAUAUUUUAGGCAGAAGAAUACUUGUUGAACUCUCGUGUAACCGAAUAUCCACAAGUGUUGAUGGAAGGUUUGUAAAUUUUGACCAUUCAUUUUUUGGUUAAGGUCAAAUCCUUCGGCCGUUAAGGGAUAAGUCUGACAGCA